AUGAACUCUCCUCGCGCUUGGUGGCAAAUUCCUUUGGAGGUUAGUGCAGAGCUGGAGACAAAAAUGCUUCUGGCGCAAGCGUCGCCUCCCCAGUCUGCCGAGAGCGGCGCAACCGAGGAAGGUGUUUACGCCGACGCCCGCUGGCAGGAGUCACUGAGACUGACGCAGGACUCAAUGCUCUUCACCAAAUCCACCAGGUCAAGCGGCAACCAGGCCAACCUUACCCCCGUUGACCGAUUUACGCCUGUUUUGAACCAGUGGAUACCGCGAGCAUCGGACCAGGCGAGACUCCAAACCUUGGCGAAGCCAACGGCGCAGAAGAAGGCAAAACUGAGGCUGGAGGACUGGUCUUGUGAGCCCGGUUUCGGCAGACAUAGCAACUUCCGCAGUUAG